AGACAUCUCUACCAUUUUUGGAUUUUUCUUUCUUCGUGAUAAUGAAAUUUAACUAAAAAUUUCUGUAUGAUAUGAAUUUAACUGUCGAUUCUCUGGUCUAAUCAGAAACAAUUACGCGCCAUGAAAAAGCAAGUCUCUUUUCGAAAGUGAGUCAGACCCCACUAAAGAAUUUAAACCCAAAUUCCACCGAAGUCCACUGUUCAGAGAUGCAGAAAAUUCCAACCUCUCCACUACCUGGUUUGACCCCGAGCAUGAAUUAAAAAUGAAAGUACCUAACACAUUUUCUCUUUUGCUUUGACUUUGAUUACUUCGAAAAUUUCCACCAUUAUUUUAAACGCCGGUCGGGUCAAAAUGUUUGAAAACUCGUCGCACAGAAACAAAAAGAUUUACCAAACCCUUACGGUCACAUGGCUUAUUUAAUCCUUAUUCCCUUCCGAGAUCGAGCCACAUACUGUUUGCAUAUCAGUCAGGCAAUCCGAUUGCUUACAUAAUUUGCAGAGCUGCAGGGCUCCACAGCUCCAGGCCGGUGGUCACACAUGGGGACUAUCAUAGGGAGCUCUGCCAUGGCGAAGCCGGAGCUGCUUGUUUUGCAGAAGCAGGUUAUGACGGAUGAACAAAUUGAGACUCUGCAGAAACAAAUUCGUGCCUAUUCCACAAUCUGCAAUCAGUUGGUGGAAAUGCACAAAGCUAUGUCUCAACAGCACCCUUCUGCACUUCCCAGUUUUCUGAUAGGGCAGCACACACUUUAUGAUCUAGCUUCGGGAACUCCAACGUUUAGAGCAUCUGCAAGGCAACGGUGGACACCAAGCCAAAUUCAACUUCAAAUCUUGGAGAGAUUGUUUGAGCAAGGCACAGCCACACCAAAUAAGCAGAGAAUAAAGGAGAUCACAAUGGAACUUAGUCAGCAUGGUCAAAUUUCUGAGACCAAUGUUUACAAUUGGUUCCAGAAUCGUAAAGCCCGUGCAAAAAGAAAACAAUUACACCCACAGAAAGAAGGUGAAUCUGAGAUUGAGACUGAUGAUGAAUUUCCAAGAGAAAAAAAAUUUAAACCUGAAAGUGAUUCGAACCCCCAGAAUGCAGAAUCAGGGCACUCUGAGGCAACUGCACAGGUUCUCCAGAGAAACCAUGGCAUUCAAAACAGGCAACCAACAGCUGACCUAAAACAAUCUGGAGUCCAAGAUAAUGAUUCUUCAUCCUUAUUGCCAUCUGAAGAUGAAAUGAAGCCUCAUGUAUCUUUUGGUAGAACCAUGCAUGGUGUCGGUGUAAAUCAUGGAAAUGACUUAAUCCAAUCUUUGACCGACUUUAAACCUACAUAUUCUUAUAAUAAAGUUGACAGCUCUGAUGAUGCCAUUACGCAAACUAAUGAUGUUAGAAGAAUGUUUAGCUACAAUGCAGUGUUAAUGGAUUCUCAUGAGCACAUGGUUCCGACCAAUGACAUGCAGGCCACAUUGCAUCCCCUUCAUGCUAGUCAAAGUUACCCUGUCUUAAGGUUUACUUGACGAGGCAAUGCAAGCACGAUGACCGCCGAGUUGAUAAUCCUGAAUGUUGAUUGAUUUAACUUUGAUAUGCCUUCAUGCCUUCGGUAAUGUCAGCUGAUUCCAUCCUAUUGGAGACACAUCUUCUCAAGAGUUUAGCAAAGAUGUAUGAUUCUUGACACUUUGUAGGCUCUCUUAUUCCGUAUUACACACCUUUUGGGACAUCCAAGGCCAGUUUUCAUCCCAAUGCAACUGGAAAUAUUUUUGUAAUAUAGAUAUACGGCUGGAUAUUAAAGUAGGUACCUCUGCCAGAUAUGGACCUGGUACACUGAAAUUAAAAAUUUCAAGCACUGGAUGAGAAAAGCUCAAGUUGCUGGAACUUUUAGUGACAAUAUUUACCCAAAAUCCACUUUGGGGCCUCCUGGUUUUGUCUGGACAAUACAGCAAGCAGUGAUAAUUUUCUAUAGGAAUAGCACUCUGUAAAAAUAUUAGAGUAGAACGAGACCCAAUCCUAAGAAAUGAUAAUAAAUGAGGGUCUGGACUAUGUUGUUCUGUAGGGUCAAACGUGUUUGCCACUCUAAUUUGCCUGGAUGACUCAAUAUUUGACAUGGAGUUCCAUAACAUUCUACAUCAUCUUGAUUAUCUAUCAAUUCACUAGAAGGUAUAUAUUGCUUUGAUGAUAACCUUUGUUGCAAUUUAAGGUAACUUGUAAUGACCUUUCAAAGUAAACUCCGAAUGAGUAUUCCUGGA